CCUAUAAAUCCUAUAACAUCUUCACCAGAAAAGAGUGCCUCGACCUCUCCGGAAAUCUAGGCACCGCUCCUUCAAUUUGUCGACGCGGCCUUCUCAGUAGGAAUAGGGCGAGAAAUGGAUCUCUCUGUUCUUCAAGGGUUCACGAAGUCGCUCGCGAUGACGGUGCUGUCAGAAAUCGGUGACAAAACCUUUUUCGCAGCUGCUAUCUUGGCAAUGCGUCACCCUAGAAGACUUGUAUUGUCAGGCUGCCUUGGAGCACUGAUUGUUAUGACUAUUUUAUCAGUUGUUGUUGGUUGGGCUACUCCAAAUCUGAUCUCACGUAAGUGGACUCAUCACAUCACAACAUUGUUGUUUCUCGGGUUUGGCCUGUGGUCUCUGUGGGAAGCAUUUAAGGACGGGGAAGCUGAAGAAUUUGCUGAAGUUGAAAAAGAAUUGAAUACUGAUCUAAAAAGUAACAGUGGAGCAACCAAAGGGAAUAACAAGGAUGCUGAUGACCUGAAAAAGCAAUACCGGCCCUUUCUCACUCAAUUCUUUUCACCCAUCUUGCUUAAGGCCUUUUCAAUUACUUUCUUUGGAGAAUUCGGUGACAAGAGUCAAAUCGCCACAGUAGGAUUGGCUGCAGACGAGAAUCCUUUGGGUGUUGUUCUUGGUGGAAUCCUUGGACAAGCUUUGUGCACUACGGCUGCAGUCCUGGGAGGAAAAAGUCUAGCAACUCAAAUAUCUGAAAAAAUAGUCACACUCUCUGGGGGAGCUCUUUUCAUUGUUUUUGGGAUUCAGUCUCUUCUUUCAACGGUGGAUUCGUAAAGGCUCCAAAAUUACCUAAAGAAGAUGAAGGUAACUCAUUCUGGCUAAAGACACAUUUAGGCAUUAUAUGUGGUGUUAUUGUUCAACAGUUUAGGAGAUGAAAUGCUAGUCUUUAUAGCAGUGCUACCAAAUUAUUCUAAGAUCUAACUGAUCAGAAGAGAAGUUGGAAAUCAUUCAAAAGUUGGAGAUUGUUCUAUUUUUCUCCAUUUUAUGAAUUUUGCCUAUUAUCUUUCAGUGUCACCAGGAUCUGCAUUAGUAUGACCCGAUAAACAUUUGAUUUAGUUUCGCUGCAGUGUAUCAUUUUCAUACAUAUUGAGAAAAGGAGCUUAUCAGAUGUGUGAAUUUCGUGA